UCAGUUGAACGGGAGUGAUUGAGGGGUAAAAGGAAGUAGGUGAUACCCUGGAAGCAGCUCGUAGCAAGACGUGGUCGAGAAGAGGAAGUUGUAUACCCUGCCGAGGAGCAUGAGAUCCUCGCUGGUGCUGCUCCUGGUAGCAGCUUUCGUCUUUGCCGAGGGCUCAAUUCGAGUUAAACGGCAAGAGGAGAAGAAGGAAGAGAGCUUCGAGAAUGAGAUUUGUAAGGACAAGGAUGCGGGCGAAUGGUUCAGAUUGGUUGCGGGCGAGGGUGACAAUUGCCGUGACGUUAUCCAGUGCACGAGUUCCGGUCUGCAGGCGAUAAGAUGCCCGGCCGGUUUGUAUUUCGACAUCGAUAAGCAGACCUGCGACUGGAAGGAUUCCGUCAACAAUUGCAAGUUGAAGAACAAAGAGAGGAAGGCCAAGCCCUUGCUUUACACUGAGGAACCGCUCUGCCAAGACGGUUUUCUUGCGUGCGGUGACGGAUCCUGUAUCGAGAGAGGUCUCUUCUGUAACGGAGAAAAGGACUGCAGUGACGGCUCUGAUGAAAACAUUUGCGACAUGGACAACGAUCCCAAUAGAGCUCCACCAUGCGAUCCUUCUGUGUGCACUCUGCCCGAUUGCUUCUGCUCGGAGGAUGGUACCACGAUACCCGGUGAUCUCCCGUCUAAGGAUGUUCCUCAGAUGGUCACAAUUACUUUCGACGAUGCCAUUAACAACAACAACAUCGGUCUCUACAAAGAGAUCUUCAACAGCAAGCGCAAGAAUCCAAACGGCUGCGAUAUCAAGGCAACCUUCUUUGUGUCGCAUAAGUAUACCAACUAUUCCGCGGUCCAGGAGAUGCACAGGAAAGGCCACGAAAUCGCCGUCCACUCAAUCUCGCACAAUGACGACGAGCGCUUCUGGUCGGACGCAACCGUCGACGAUUGGGCCAAGGAGAUGGCUGGCAUGAGGAUCAUCGCCGAGAAGUUUGCAAAUCUGACGGAUAACAGCGUGGUCGGCGUCAGAGCGCCGUAUCUGCGAGUUGGCGGUAACAAUCAGUUCACCAUGAUGGAGGAGCAGGCUUUUCUAUACGAUUCCACCAUCACUGCGGCCUUGAACAACCCUCCGUUAUGGCCCUACACCAUGUACUUCAGAAUGCCACAUCGUUGUCACGGAAAUCUUCAGCACUGUCCCACUAGAUCACACGCCGUAUGGGAGAUGGUAAUGAAUGAGCUGGAUCGGCGUGAGGAUCCACAGAACGACGAGUAUCUGCCUGGCUGCGCUAUGGUGGACUCAUGCAGUAAUAUCUUGACCGGCGAUCAAUUUUACAACUUCCUCAAUCACAAUUUUGAUCGUCACUACGAGCAGAAUCGUGCUCCCCUUGGCCUCUAUUUCCACGCCGCCUGGCUGAAGAACAAUCCCGAGUUUUUGGACGCCUUCUUAUAUUGGAUCGACGAAAUCUUGCAGAGCCACAAUGAUGUGUACUUCGUGACGAUGACUCAGGUGAUCCAAUGGAUUCAGAACCCGCGCACCAUCACCGAGUCGAAGAACUUUGAGCCCUGGCGGGAAAAGUGUACGGUGGAGGGACCUCCGGCGUGCUGGGUGCCCCACACCUGCAAACUGACUUCAAAGGAGGUGCCCGGCGAGACUAUCAACCUUCAGACUUGUGUCCGCUGUCCCAACAAUUAUCCUUGGGUGAAUGACCCGACCGGUGACGGCUUCUUCUAAACUGCCGUGCGCGAUUCUCUUUCUCGUCUAAGUCAAAUUUCUCCUCCUUUCUCCUUAGUCCUGUUAAUCCUUUCCUCCCCGUACCUCAACCUGAUGUCGGUCGAAAGGCACGUCGUGAAUCCUCGCGAUUCAACUACGGAAGUCGCCGAUCAACGCAUUAGCCAAGUAUUCUCGAGAUUUUCAAGAGCGACGGCGAUUGCGGCGACGAGGCACAUGGAGGAAACGAGGAGAAAGAUCAUCGUUAGUCUGUUAGACUCCAAUGACCGCUCUUAGUUGCCAAUAUUUUUCGAUACUUUUAUCGUCGAGAACGACGUAUCUGUGAUGAUUAGUCCUGUUCAGUUGAAAUAUUACGGAGUCUAAUGGACUGAAAAUGAAUGGAAUAAAAUAAAACUUUCUAUCCGCUUCGCGUUCACAGAUGUCCUUUUAGCAAUGACGUUUAGCUUCGUCUUUAGGUUACACCCGAAAUUAGCACUCUAUAUAAAAGGAAAAACGCUAUAUUCUUUUGGGCGUGCCUCGUUAUCAGUUGGUAAUUAAAGCUAACGUUCAUUAUGCGUCAGCAAUUUGUGAUAGACUCCCGAAGGCUACGAGGCGGCAACAAUGGCCACGUUGAUCAAUCAUAAAAACGACAAUAACGAUGACGAUGACGAGAGCUGCGCGCAUUUCCACUCAAAACCGGCAGAAGCAAAAGCAAAAUAUCGCGCCUCACUCGAUCCUACGAAGAGAAAUCGCGGAUUUUUCAAUGGCUUGACGAUCCGCGAGUGGGAUUUCAUAUGUAAUAUAACUGUAUCCCCUUCGCUCUAUCGCAUUUCCGAUAUCCCAAUGAAAGCAACGACCGAUAUCGAUCUAUCGGUAAACACAUGCUUUCUUCCUGUGUCAAACCUCUUCUCCCGUCCUCAGAAAUAAUCCUUGAAGACCGCCAAAUCAAUUGUUCCCCGAUUUGAGGCAUGCCCUUAUUUUUUUAAGGGUUUGUCGAUAUAAAUAUAUAUAUAUAUAUAAAUUUAUAAAUAUAUAUAUAUGAAAUUUAAAUAUUGCGUAUGUAUAUUUGUAAAACUAAGUGAUACUACCAACGUAGCGUUCUCGAUGAACCUUUGAAUAAAAGAUUCUGAGAAAUCACACAUGAA